GGUCCCGAGGUCUCCGCUGUCAUACCCAAGUGAAAGUCACGUGUAUGUAGUUCAAGUGUCCCCACAUCCCCGCACCCAACCGAAAACCGACUAGAAAUCCUCGUGAAUUAACGGGAAAAUUGAAAACAAUAGUGGAAAAACCCAGCGCUGAAUUGUCACAGUCUCCCCUUCAUUACUCUUCUGACGUAAAAUAGUGAAUGUAUAUGACUGGUUGAAUACAGUAUCACUGCGCAGCUACAGGAUUUAACGACUGACCAGGAGUGCGCUCGCGCGGGACGACGGAUUUCCCGGGGAAUAGGGACUUUCCGGGCCUCGGAGCGGCUUUUUGUCAUCAUUCGCGUCAACACUACGGACCUAUACGCGCGCUCAAGGCAACAGGUGAAAAACAAUAGUGAAUUUGAACAUAAACUCGAGUUUCGUGAAGUUGAAAUCAUCGGAGUGUUGGGAAAACAAAUUAAAAAUUCCAAAAUUCCAAAAUUUGGUUUUUAAAUUUCCGAAAACUAGAGCUUUUUACUUCGGAAUUUCGACGUUUGGGGGUAAAAUGAGUGUUGAAGACGCUAUCAAUUAUAAGCGGAGCGACGACGAGGACUUUUACGCCCUCCUGGGGUGCGACGAAUCCUCCAGUGUUGAGCAAAUAACCGCUGAGUACAAAACGCUAGCGCUCCAGUAUCAUCCUGACAAGAAUGAGGGUAACAAGGAGGCAGAGGCCAAAUUUCAGCAGCUCAAGAAUGCUAAGGAGAUACUCUGUGACCCGGAGAAGAGAAGUAACUAUGAUAAAUGGCGACGCAGUGGGGUUGCUAUAAGUUAUAAGCAGUGGGUCGGCAUGAAAGAGCAUGUACAUCAGUCGAUGCACUGGAGCACACCAAAGACCAAGGAUAGGAUGCUACCGGAUGCAAGUGGUCCCGGUGGAUCUCCAGGUCACGUAAGAGGCCAGCCAUCAGCGAAUGCACACCGUCGUGCCUCGGAGGGUGGUGUCAAUAUCCAUUACGGCGCACGUCGCGAUGUCAACUGGGACUCGCAGGCGUCCAGCGAGGUGGUCAACAAAUUCCGUAACUACGAGAUCUAAGGUAGCCGGAUUGGGUAGUUUGAGUCACAAUCAGUCGAGUUGCGGUCCCCCUGUUUUCCUCGAAAAAAUAAAGCCCACGUAACUGACCGCUCGUCACGGGACAAAAGUAAAUCGAUACCCAGAGAAAUGGCGCAUUUGAUUAAAAGAAAAAAAUGUUUUUUAUUUUUCCUAUUCAUUUAAACAACAUUUUCACGUAUUCAUUCUUAUCAAAAUGUUUUGAUCAUGUGAAAUGAACGAUUUAAUUGAUCAAAUAAAUGAUCACUACAUAUCAAAAAGAAAUUUCUCUAGUUUUAAAAAAUAUUUACUGUAUUCAAAUGAAGAAUUACUCUGGGUCUAGACAAAAAGACUCAUUCCACGUGAACAAUACCUCAAAAACCUGGAAAUACAUAAUCACUUUUGGUUGCGGUCCCCCUAUUUUCCUAAAAAAAAGCCCACGUAACCGAUCGCUCGUCACGGGACGCAAGUAAAUCGAUACCCAGAGAAAUGGCGCAUUUGAUUAAAAGAAAAAAAUGUUUUUUAUUUUUCCUAUUCAUUUAAACAACAUUCUCCCGUAUUCAUUCUUAUCAAAAUGUUUUGAUCAUGUGAAAUGAACGAUUUAAUUGAUAAAAGUAAAUGAUUGUUAAACGUCGAAAAGAAUUUUCUCUAUUUUUAAAACUAUUUAUUUUAGUCGAAUGACGAAUUACUCUGGGUCUAGAGGAAAAAGAUGAAAAAAGCCAAGUUAAUUAGGGAUAAAAAUAAAUCGAUACCCAAAGAAAUGGCGCAUUUGAUUAAAUGACAAAACGCUUUUCUAUUUUUCUCAUUCACUUCAACAAUAUUUUCGUCGGAAAUUGAUACAGUCACAUGUUCAUUCUGACAAAAAUAUUUUAAUCGUGCGAAAUGAACGAUUUAUUUGAUCUAAAUGAAGAAUUAUUACAAAUAAAAAAGACAUUUCUCUACUUUUCAAAAUUAUUUAUUUUAUUCGAAUGAACAAUUUCUCUGGGUCUCGACGAAAAAAUUCAUUCCACGUGAGCCAUUCCCCGACAAGAUGAAAAUACAUAAUCACUCUCUUCGCUGUCAAAUUAACGAGAUGUAUGAAGAUAUUUAAGAAUGGAUUUAACAGAGUUAUUAGGACGGUGUCUAAUCGUUGUAUUCUAUUAAAGAGUUUAAAGAAGAAAGUUA